UGUGAUUCAUUGCUGCUUCAAAGCAGGCAUAACAGAAUGCAGAUCUUAGUUUUUCAAUCUCUUGCUGCUUUGAAAUGGUGAUUAGUACCCACUCUGAGUAGGAUAUGUGUGACAGGUGUAGGUGUACAAAUGUAGGAAGGUAUCUGCAGCAGAAACAUGGUUCUGCAUAUAUACUUCUCUCGAUACAAGCUCAUUGCAGGACUAUCAGAUGUGCAUAAUUAAUUAAACACAAUUUGUUGCAUACACUAACAGCAGUUAACACUUUUUUAGACCAUUGAUAGAUCUCUAUGAAAAGGAUUACAUGACACUUCUGUGAUAACUGAGGACUGGAUUUACAUAGUUCUAUAGUGUAGGUGACUGAAUAACCAUGGUAAAAUGUAAAUGUGUGGAGUUUCCGUUAUUAGGUGCUUGACUCAUGAUGGCCUGCAGCAGUGAAUAGCAUAUUUAAUUAUGUAAUGCAUAAGGCUUUUUCUUCACUUCCCCUGUGGCUUUUUUAUUUAUCUCUUGGUAUGAGAGAGUAGAGCUGUCAGACAUCAGAUGUGUGAGCAUCAAGAUAAAAUAUUUUUUUCAGAAGACGGAAACCUUAGUAUUAUCCUUUGUCUCAAGGAACCAACACUGCAGAGUUCUUGGCAAAAUGAACUUGAUUGAAGCCUGUCUGUAAAGAAAGACAUCUCUUUAUGCACUGGCAUUAGAAAGGGAAUGAUGUUCUCAUGCUUUUCACCUUCUACUGCAAGUGAUGCGCUAGUAAUUAAAAAAAUAUUUUGUGGAGAACUUGCAGAGCUUGAUAGUUUCAAGCCUAGGAUUUGAAAUAAUACCUUCCAGACUAGGAACACAUGCAUUGAUAUAGUUUCUGAUUUCCGUUUAAAAGUAAUCACUUCGCAGAUGAAAGCCUGUGAUUAUCAGCUCCAGUGUUAAAAUGCUGCAAACUAUAGCCUUAUCUAGAAUAUCCAACUGAAAAUCAGCAUAAAACAAUAGUUCUUGCUUUCAGGAGGGAUUUCAAAUUCCACAUCUGCCUUCUUUUUAUGCAGCUAGUGUAUAAUUUAGUUACAUCUAAAAAAAAGAAAAAUUGUGUUGUGUUGGACAACUCUGCACUGACAAAGAGAACCUACUUAUCUGGGCUUAAUUACCUGCUUCCAAAAUGUGUGUUACUAGAGUUCUGAGCAAAGAAAAUUAAAAAAAAAUCCUAUUUGAAAUGAUGUCUUACAGAUUUAUUUAUUAAGGAUGGAAAUUGUCUGUUUAACAACUUGUACAUAAAGGGGUACGUAAAAUCUCAAAUGUGAGGAACGCCUGCUUGGAUAGCUGAACUAGCAGGUACUACUGGAGAGAGAGAUGUGAAGAUCCCUAUCCAUUGAAAUCAGAAACUGGAGAGUGUCGUGCUUAGUAAAAUGAACUUUGAAUCUUUUGUGAGAGAUCUGCUUCUGGUUCGUCAUUACAGAGUUGAAGUUUACAAGAACAAAGCAGGGAGUAAAUCUACCAAAGAAAAUGACUGGUAUUUGGCAUACAAGGGUUCUCCAGGAAAUCUUGCCCAGUUUGAGGAAGUUCUCUUUGCCAACAAUGAUAUGUCAACAGCCAUUGGGGUUGUGGGGGUGAAGCUGUCUACUACUGAUGGACAAAGAGUAGUUGGAGUGGGGUAUGUUGAUACUACACUGAGAAAAUUGAGCGUCUGUGAGUUUCCAGAUAACGAUCAGUUCUCAAACCUUGAAGCUCUGCUGGUUCAGCUAGGACCUAAGGAGUGUGUGCUACCAGGAGGCGAGACUACUGGAGAGAUGGGAAAACUACGACAAGUCAUUCAGAGAGGAGGAAUUCUGAUUACAGACAGAAAGAAGGCAGAGUUCACAACAAAAGAUAUUGUUCAGGAUCUCAAUCGCUUGUUAAAAUCAAAAAAAGAAGAACAAAUGAAUAGUGCAGCAUUGCCAGAGAUGGAAAAGCAGGUUGCCAUUUCAUCUUUGUCAGCUAUUAUCAAGUUUUUAGAGUUGCUGUCAGAUGAGUCUAAUUUUGGACAAUUUGAACUGACUACUUUUGAUCUUAGUCAAUAUAUGGUUCUUGAUAAUGCAGCUGUCCAAGCUCUCAAUCUUUUCCAGAGUUCUAUGGAAAAUGCUGGUACUGCACAGUCACUAGCUGGUUUACUAAAUAAAUGCAGAACCCCUCAAGGACAAAGACUGGUUAAUCAGUGGAUUAAACAGCCACUUAUGGACAAGAAUAGAAUUGAAGAACGGUUGAAUUUGGUUGAAGCCUUUGUGGUAGAUCCAGAACUACGUCAGUGCCUUCAAGAAGAUCUUUUACGUCGCUUCCCGGAUCUCAACAGGCUAGCAAAGAAAUUUCAGAGACAAGCAGCAACCUUACAGGACUGUUACCGAAUGUAUCAGGCUAUUAAUCAACUGCCUAAUGUUGUACAAGCAAUAGAAAAACAUGAAGGAGAUCACCAGAUGUUGUUGUUGGCAGUGUUUAUAACACCGCUUAAUGAUAUCCACUCUGACUUCUCAAAGUUUCUGGAGAUGAUAGAAACAACAUUAGACAUGGAUAAGGUGGAGAAUCAUGAAUUUCUUGUCAAGGCUUCUUUUGAUCCUAACUUGACAGAAUUAAGAGAGAAGAUGAAUGAACUGGAAGAAAACAUGCAGUCCUUCUUAAAGAGCGCAGCCAAAGAACUAGGUUUGGAAGCUAGCAAAAGUAUCAAACUGGAGUCAAAUUCACAAUUUGGACAUCAUUUUCGAAUUACUUGCAAGGAAGAAAAAGUUCUCCGGAACAAUUCAAAAUACAGAAUAAUUGAUACACAGAAGAAUGGUGUGAAAUUCACUAACAGCAAACUAAGCUCCGUCAAUGAAGAAUAUAUAAAGAACAGAGAAGAGUAUGAAGAGGCUCAGGAUGCAAUUGUUAAGGAAAUCAUUAACAUUGCUUCAGGUUAUGCAGAGCCAAUACAGACAAUGAAUGAUGUGAUAGCUCAAUUAGAUGCAAUUGUCAGUUUUGCUCACGUGUCAAAUGGAGCACCAGUUCCAUAUGUCCGUCCUGUCAUUCUGGAAAAGGGACGAGGAAGAAUUGUGCUGAAAGGUUCCAGGCAUCCUUGCAUCGAAGUGCAAGAUGAUGUAGCCUUCAUCCCCAAUGACAUUAUGUUUGAGAAGGGCAAGCAGCUGUUCCACAUUAUUACUGGCCCUAACAUGGGGGGUAAGUCAACAUACAUCCGACAGACCGGGGUGAUAGUUCUUAUGGCCCAAAUUGGGUGUUUUGUACCAUGCGACUCUGCAGAAAUAACCAUUGUGGAUUGUAUCCUGGCUCGGGUAGGAGCUGGAGACAGUCAGCUGAAAGGCGUGUCUACUUUCAUGGCUGAAAUGUUAGAAACUGCAUCAAUCCUUAGGACUGCAUCUGAAAACUCCCUGAUAAUCAUUGAUGAGUUGGGAAGAGGAACUUCUACCUAUGAUGGCUUUGGCUUAGCAUGGGCUAUUUCAGAGUACAUUGCUACCAAAAUUUGUGCUUUCUGUAUGUUUGCUACACAUUUUCAUGAACUGACAGCCCUUGCUGACCAAGUGCCCACAGUUAAUAACUUACAUGUUACUGCUCUGACCACUGAUGACACACUGACGAUGCUUUACCGUGUCAAGGAAGGUGUUUGUGACCAGAGUUUUGGAAUACAUGUAGCAGAGUUGGCAGCUUUUCCAAAACAUGUAAUAGAGAGUGCAAGAGAGAAGGCAUUGGAGCUAGAGGAGUUUCAAAACAUUGGCAAAUCCAAGGAAUCUGAAGGAGAACCACCAGCCAAGAAACCUUACAGAGAAAGAGAGGAAGGUGAAAAAAUAAUUCAGGAUUUUCUUUGUCAAGUGAAAGCAUUGCCCCUGACAGAUAUGUCAGAAGAAGACAUCAAAACCAAGCUGAAGCAGCUGAGGACUGAAGUGUUGGCGAAGAACAACAGUUUUGUGAAUGAAAUAAUUUCCCGAACAAAAGUUACAUCAUGAAAGAUGUGAGAACAGGAUGCAACUCUUGAAGUGUUUUAUGUUACAAGAACUAUCAUUUUCUUGUCAUGUAGUUUUUAUACUUUAUGAUAUUUUGUACUGAUUUAGGUAGGGGUCUUUUUUCUUGGAUUGUAAUUAUUUUGUUAAAAAAAAAAAAGUCUGAGCACAUUCUGUGCCAGAUUCCUACUUUAGUUGUGAUUGUUUGUGCCCUUUUAGAAGUGUUCAAUAAAAUUCUUUUUCAUUAUUGAGAGAAUUGUUAACUAUAUAAACACAUUUUACGAGAAAAAGUGUGCUAGAAAGUAUAACUGUUCAGAUGGCAUACAGCUAUCACAGGCUUGAAAAGCAACAGCUUUAUACCAUGAUUCUCUUUUAUGUGAUGCAAUUACACCCAUUAAAUCAAUGAAGUUUUAGUAGUGCUAUAUAGUGCUCCAUUAGGAAAAAGCAUGUGAUCUCAGGGAUUAGUCAUAAAAUUUGUGUGUGUGUGUACAUGUGUGGAGCUUGGGCAGGGGGACAGAAUUAUUUUUUGUUUUAAACAUUACCUGUCCAAACAUUGACCCGAAUAUACCAGAGGCCUGCUCUUCAGGUCCGAGUGGUGGUAACUCUGUUAUAUUGAUGCCCCCCCCCCCCUUUUUUUUUUGAUGGCUUCGUAAUGUAAACAGAGGCUUGGAUGAAGUUACUGUUUAACUGGAACUUCUGAGUUUGUCCUGAUUUUUGAAGUCUGUCUACAGAAGAAAGAACCUUUAUUUUUCCUUUCUCCCCUCCCUUUUUUCCCUAAUACACUUCUCAUGUUGUGACAUUUUGGAAGCAUACAGAACAUACAGGUUUAUAUUCUUUAGCGCAUAUAGAUUUAUAUUCUGAAAUUUAGCACUUUAAAUUAUAGCUCUAGAAUGCUUUACCUGUAUUUAAAACUGGCAGCAUUGAAAGAUUAGUGGGGAAAAGUGUUUAUCACGUUGAGAGUAUUGGAACAAAAUUAUGCUGAAGAUGUCAUGUGCAAGAUGUCAGCUCUUGCUGUGUCCUGAAGCAGAGAUUACAUCAGUGGGUGCGUGCUGGGGAUAGCUGCUGCUGUUAAAGCUGUGCUACAGCUCUGCAUCGGCAAUUAGCCUAUUGCAAUGGGAUUAGUCUAUUGCAAUAGUUUGUAUGUAAACAUUUCAGCAAUAGUUGUAAAAGAGUUGUCUUGCUCAACUUGUUAUUGGAUAAUCUUUACUUGUAAUUAGAUUAGAACUUGGAAAAGAAACAUUCUUCUCAAUGGAAGAAAAUAUAGGUUGGUUUGAUGUGAAAAUAGUUCGGAUUCUGCCAUAACACCUUUUUGGUCUCUAAAUUAGAAUACAAUCUACUUGUAAAGGUAAAUAAAAACUUGCAUUUACAAACA